CAAAUGGGCAGACAGCUGGUUCUACAUGCAGCAGGUUUAUUAGGUCAGACAGGAAAUAAGCACAACAAAACGUCCAUAAAGCUAAAUGAUAGUCAGACAGGCAGAGGUCAAAGAAGAGGCUAGAGUAAUCAGAGACCAGGCGAGGGUCAGGGCAGGCGGUAGGCAAUCAGAGAGUAAACAGGGUCAGAAACAGAAGACCAAGUUCAGAUAGAAAUGCUCAGUAAUGCAGGCAGGGUGGCACAAUCAAUACUUCGCACCGAGCGACUGUCAGAAUGGUGUCAGAUGAGUUGUACUCUGGAGAUCGCUCCCACUGGUGACCACAGGGAGCGACAAAGCUCUGACUCCUGACAAUGUGCACAACAGAUAAGAGUUUCAACAGACCAGAUUACAGAAAAAGGUGUCACAGGUUGGAGUUUGGAACACCUGCUUACAAAUGUAUUUGAUUAAUCUUUACAGAACUAAACUAUUUUUUUAUGUACAUACAUUUUACAGGUGAACAGCAUCAUGCUCCAUGUGAAAUGUUCCCUCUUCCUUCUGCUGUUCUUUCCCAAGUGCACAUUUGAGCUGUGCACAGACGGGACGCCCAAAGAGUGCCAGGAUGCAGAAUUCGCUCCAGGUUCCAAUUUAGCCGGAGAAGGCUUCGACAUCACCAAAAUGGAGCGCAAGGGGGCUUUUGUGCUCGACAUGAAUAAAUUCAAGCGAAAGGAUCAAGCUUGUACCCUGUGUAGCAACCCUUACUUGGACAACAGAAAGCAGAAGUUGCCUCUUUCUGUGGUGGAUUGGAGGGCAACACAAUCCUGCAGUGGUAAAGUGUCCAGUAAAGUUUACAAAUCUAGUGAGUCUCUGGUCCAGUCCACCACCUCGUCCAUUGAAAACAACUGGCAGGUGGGUCUCAGUUUCGGAUCAGUCGCAAAUCUGAUGCUGGCUGGAACCCAUUCUAAACUUUCUAGCUACUCCAUGGACAAAACAAAAUCAGACAAAUUCAGCUUUACAACCCAAAGUCUAUCUUGCGAGUACUACAGUUACAGAGUAUCCAAAGCUCCAACUUUGCAAAAGGAAUUUCUCAACUCAGUGAACCAGCUUCCUAAAGUCUACAACCCACAAAGCAAGAACAACUAUUACCAUCUGAUUGACACCUUUGGCACCCAUUACAUCACCAAGGUGAAAAUGGGCGGGAAGGUUCAGGCAGUCACCAGCAUCCGUGAGUGUGCGGCCCACCUAGAAGGAAUUGAAGUGAACGAGGUGGAGAUGUGCCUCAGAGUGGAAGCAUCUGCAACAAUUAGUAUGCGUCCAAAUUCAAUGGAGGUGAAAAGCUGCCAAGCAAAAAAGGACAACUCAGGGAGAAAAAUUUCCUUCUCCAACUACUUCAACGACAGGUUUACAGAAGUAAGAGGAGGUCAGACAACAGAACCAGACCUCAUCUUCUCCGCCAACAAAGAUCCAUCAGCCUACAAGGAAUGGCUGAACUCUGUGCCACGUAAUCCUGACAUCAUUUCUUAUUCCCUGGAUUCUCUUCAUGAGUUAAUCCCUAAGAGUGACCCAAUGAAGGAAAACCUGCGCUCUGCCAUAAGUCAUUACAUCCUGGAGAAAGGCCUGUUGAAGAAUUGCACUGAUCCCUGUAAGGCAGGUAUCAAGAGCAGUUCACGAGAACCCUGCGUCUGCCAGUGCCACAAUAACCCUGCUGUGACCUCUGACUGCUGCCCAGCUGAGAGGGGCAAGGCUCGCGUUAUCAUCACUGCUUUGCGGGCUUCUCACCUAUGGGGAGAUUACUUUACCGCCACAGAUGCCUAUGUGAAAGUGUUUAUUGGUAAACUUGUCGGUUGUACUUCUGUCAUCUCCAACAAUAACAACCCAGAGUGGAAGACGGGUCUUGAUCUGGGAAACCAGGUUCUAUCAGAAGGACUCAAACUGAAGUUUGAAGUUUGGGAUCAGGAUAACACAUGGGAUGAUGAUCUGCUUGGAAAAUGUGAGCAAGAUCUGACAGCUGGGAUUAACAAUGGUAUGUGUAACCUCAAUCAUGGGGAGUUAUUCUUUAAUUGGAAAGUAGAUUGUGCUCCAAAUCUGGGUGGUCGUUACUGCCAGAAUUACCAAAGCAGUCCAAUGAAUGAAAACCUGAAGGAGCUGUACAGGUCCAGGCACUCCCGUCCUAUUCCCAAAUACUUCCUCCAACAGAUGGGUGUGUUUGUCAACGAAUCCACUUCAAGGAAAAGCCAGAAUCUCCUGAAAAUCUUUGACGUCAACAAAAAGUAUUCCAACUCUAGCAAAGAGAAUUUCCUUUAAACCAGAUCAGUAUUAUCUACUGACUGUUUAACAUCAGGAAAUGUCAUUUACUCAUAGAAGAUCUGACGAUCAAAUAUUAUGCAUAUUUUCUGCAGCUUUUAGACAUUUAUUUUUUGCAUUAGCAUUUAUAAUUUGAUUGAACAUGGAAGGAUGUGAAUCACUUAAAUAUCUUUCAUUUUUUAAAUUUGUGCUCCUAUCUUGCUCUUUCUUUAACCUUCACUGCUUUUCAGCAAAUGAUUCCAGAGGGGUUCACACCUGGAAGUAUUUUGACAGUUCUGUCACUGAUGGUUUUU